CAGUAAACACUUUAUAAACCACGAAAAAGUAAACGAGCGUGAACAUGCCCAAUACAGAUUUCAAUUAAAGUCUUACAUUUACGGAUUCAUUCAUUUUUUUUCUUUUUAGUCGGACUGGAAUUCAAUUCUAAAAACUUACGGGAUGAACGUAUCCGGAAAGGUCUUGCUCAUGCGGAACACACGGGCCUUGGUCCAGGCUUUAUCACUUAUUCGCUCACCUGUAUUAAAGCAACCAAUGUUACCAGGUGUCUUUCUGCCUGACAGACCCUACAGAUCCAUGCCUACACACGGGAUUGGUCGAUACAAGUAUCUUCUUCCAAAAGAGGCGCUGAGCCAAAAGAAGAAGAAGGAUAAACUUCAGAUGAAGGAGAUCAAGGCAGCGACAGACACAGAGUAUGGUGUGCUGAACAUGAGCGUCUCUGGCUAUGACAUGACCCUGGUGGAACAUUAUGCUCAGUACAUCCACAAACUCUGCAACCGCCUCAAUAUUAAAGUGACUGAAAGCUAUGCCCUGCCUACUAAGAGCACAGAAGUCAUGGUCAUGCCCGAGCAGGGCACCAAGAUGUACAUCGAUGCAUUACUCAAAACGUACCAGCGGGUUGUUCAGAUAAGCCAGAUGAAGGCAAUCCUGGCUCCUAUAUUAAUGGAGGUUCUUCUUAAAAACCAGCCGGAGGGAGUUCAGCUCUCUAUAAAUGAGCACACUGAGGCAGAAUACAAAGCCCGUUUUAAGGCCAGACCAGAACUCGAAGGACUUUUAGCACAAAUAAGUUAAAAAUGCUUAUCUGAUGUGUUAAUAAAUCUGCCAGUGGAUCUGUA